AUGUUGCCCACUCUGGAAGAUGCCCUUCGCAGUCGGGAAACUCUCCGUGUUCACCACAUCGCGGCGAUUGACGCGGAAGUUUUGGAACAAGGCUACAACGACGAUAACACGUUCUGGCACAAAGUACGAAUAUCUGUCCAAAAUUUGUCAACCCGAUACUCCAGGUCCGGCCUUCCGAUUGUUUUCUAUGAGUAUGACUUGCGCGAACUGUGGUAUAAGUUGAUCCAGGGUGCAAAAAUCACGGACGCCAAACACCCCGCUCAAGACCGGCUGGCAGCCGAAGUUUUGCACGCGCGUGAAAUGGGUACCCUGUCUCGCAAAAUUGCGGUUCCAGUCCCAGGGUUACAAGGAGAAGGACCGAGACACUGGAAUCAAGAAGAAGCCUUGACAUCCGAUGGCAGGAUCUGGGCUGAUCUGCCCUUUCUUGUCGAAGCAAUAUAUGAACCUUGGAAAAAUGCCCUAGAACUACCGGCACGCCAACGACGUAAUCCUAGCGCUUUUAUAGCCCGCCUUGCCUCCUGGGGCGUCCGGGAUCCCGACUUGUGCUUGUGUGCUCUUUGGAUCUUACGGGAUGCGCUGGAGACCCCGAGACCAUUGGUUUCAACUGCUACGAACUCCGAGAAUGACCUACUGCCGAUUGAAGACAUGGUACCAGCAGCCGUGGUGUGGUUUGAGUUAUGUGGCCACAAGAUUGAAAGUCUUUGUCUUAUGAACUAUGAUUUUGAUGAUUCGGCCAUUGGUAGCCUUGCAAGGGACGAUGGUGUCGAUCCAACAACUGGAUUCAGCAUUUCGCGAUGGCACUUCUGGAAAAGACGCUUAGAUGAGCUCAGCACCUGCGGCCAUGAAGAAACGGCAGCUUUUGCUCUUCGGGGUGCAGAUUGUAUGAAGUUUUGGGGCGAGAGGAUCUCGAGCCUUGAACAAGGGCAAAUUUGUCCAAUAGCCCUCAGAGAAGGAUAA